AUGGUUAGAUCAUUCGACAUUGACAGGCACAAGAAAGCAACCAUUGCCGCACUGAUGAGGCAGAUACAGGAUUCGGCCUGCAACCAUGCGACAAGUUUGGGGGUAGAGCUGGAGAGCUUCGCUUCGACGCCGUUUAUGACGAAAAACAACCUCGGUUGGGUCAUCACUUCUAUACAAAUGGUGGUGGACCAAUAUCCUUCAUGGCGCGAUGUGCUACAAGUGGACACGUGGACAUACACCGUCGGGAAGAAUGGGUUGGCUAAUGACUGGGUGAUCCUAAACGACAAGACCGGUGAAACUUUAGUCCGAGCUACCAACACUUGUGUGAUGAUGAACUACGAGACGAGGAGGCUGCACAAGUUCGUGCAGGAAGUGAGGGACGAGCUGGCGUGUCGUAUUGUCCCGGUGGAAGAGUCCGUCGUCCCCAAAAACGAACAGAGAUUACCGCGGCUGGAUUUCGAGACCGCCGACAGUGUCACCAGCGGCCUCACGUCAAGGUGGUUCGAUUUGGACGUGAAUCACCAUGUGAAUAACGUCAAAUACGUGGACUGGAUCCUGGACAGCGUCCCAGGCUCGCUCCCGGAGGGGCACGAGCUUCACGCAAUGACUAUUGAGUUCAGAAAAGAGGUUGCUAUAGAUACCGUUGUGCACUCUCUUUCCAGGCUGAAUAGCAGUAGUACUGCAGCCGCCGACGGGAAUGUGGAGGUGGACCAUUUGCUGUGCCUUGAGGAUGGGUCUGAGAUAUUGAGGGCAAGAACAACUUGGAAUCCCAAGAAAAAAACAACCUUAUAA